CUUUGAAGCAGACGUUGAUGGGCGUUCUGGGUUUAACACCAUUUCUUCUAAAAACAUGUCCCGAAGUCAUUAAAACGCUUCCAAAACGACUCAAAGAACUCAAGGGUAAACGUAUUGUAAUCGAUGGAACUCUGAUUACCCAGCGCUUGCACUUUGUCCCUGUCCCGCACCCAUAUCGCCAUGUCUUGGGUUGGUAUCGCAUCGCCAGAGAACUGCAGGAGAACGACGUCGAAGCGGUUUGCAUAUUUGACGGAAAGGAGCGGAACAUUGCAAAAGCCCGAGAGGCUCUCCGGAGAAAAGAAAUGAGAAGACGCGACAUGGCACGCGAAGCCUUUGAAAACGAACGCCUGAAACGUUUGGACAACAUUGGAAGUCUGUUGACGGACUUUCGAGAUGUGCCCACAAACUCUAAAAAGCGUCUUUUCGAGGUCAUUCAAGAUACAGCACCGUUGGACGAAGCCGCACCUCCAAAGCUCGAAAUUGUUCAAACAGGCGUUACAGAUUACAUCGGAACUGAGUGGAAGGUUGCAGAAAUUACUUCACCCCCCAUGAAGCACGAAGCCACUUCUCAUACAACAGACACCACGAUGGAAAAUACAGCAGUGAAAGCAGAUCCAUAUUCUGCACCUAGUGCCACUCCUGAGUCUAAACCUUCGCUUGAUACGCGUCCAUCGACCUCUGAUCGUACAUCAUCAUCCGCUCAGGAUCUGAGUGUAAUAUCAUCUGAAUCUAAGGGUGAAAUGGUCGCUGAUUCCUUGAUAUCACUCUUUCACAACUUCCGGAAUAGUGUAUCAAAGCUAGCUUCCAUUAACAAAGCUUCCCCUGAAGAAGCGCCGAUUGAUGAAUCGGAAGAGCGGACAGAGGUUUUCAUGACCAAGGGUCAGUACGAACUGAUCCUUGAAGAAGGAAAGGUCUGGGACAAUAUGGGGGCCGUUGAAGAAUCAGAAGAGUUCUCCAUGGAAGACGAGGUUUUCAAGAUAUAUCAAAAGAGCACUGUGAUGUUUGAAUCUUACGCUCGAAGAACACGCCCACCAACGGUUCAAAAUUACCUAGAAUGCAGGGAAAUCCUCGAGGCUAUGGGCAUUGCUUGUGUCGAAAGCGAUGGUCCCUAUGAGGCUGAAGCUCUUGCUUGCACUCUUGUCUCUCACGGUCUCGCCGACUAUGUUGCAAGCGAAGACACUGACGUCAUUGUCUACGAGGCUCCUCUCAUCCGAAAUAUCACUAACCAGGCGGGGCCACUUGUAGUAGUAUCCGGAGCUGAGGUCCGUAAGGGCCUACAACUCUCUCGAACAAGUUUCGUCGAUUUCGCUCUCCUUUUGGGUACAGACUUUUCCGAGCGCAUCAAGAACAUCGGGCCCGCCCGUGCGUACAAGUUCAUCAAGGAGCACGGUACGAUCGAAGGUGUGGUCACAAAUGAAACCAAGUACCGACAUCGGCUGGAGCCCGAUGCAUAUCUAGAGCAAGUCCGGGUGGCACGGGGUGUUUUCACGACGCUCCCACCUAUCCCGAAGAAGGCAGUAUUGAAAGGCAAAAGGGACGACAUCAAAACUAUGGAUAUAUUGCAAAAAUAUAACCUGAGCCGCGAGAUUGAUCCAAAUUGGGAUUAUUCGACCGCGUUGGCGGGCAAUUUUUUCCAGGAUGAUCCGAGGGCGGUUUGAGGUCGGAACCACAUUUUUCCGUGCUUUCCAAGGGAUCAUAUACACAGCCCCUCGUAUGUCCAUUAGAUGUUGUACAGAACCAAGCCGAACCUUGCACAGCAAUGAGAUUCAUAUGUUGUAUUUCGAGAGACAGCUUGAUACAAACAGCGCCUUCG